GGUAGCUCCCUCGUGGCCGCCGCGGCGUUUGCUGAGCCCGAGGGUCCGGCGGCGGCUCCUCGCCCUCGCGUCAUGUCGGCGCAGGGCGACUGCGAGUUCCUGGUGCAGCGAGCCCGGGAGCUGGUGCAGCACGACCUGUGGGCGGCCAAGGCGUGGCUGAUCACGGCCCGCAGCCUCUACCCCGCUGACUUCAACAUCCAGUAUGAGAUGUACACCAUCGAGCGGAACGCGGAGCGCACUGCCCCCGCCGGGAGGCUGCUCUACGACAUGUUUGUGAAUUUCCCAGAUCAGCCUGUGGUGUGGAGAGAAAUCAGCAUUAUUACAUCAGCAUUAAGGAAUGAUUCACAGGAUAAACAAACCCAGUUUUUAAGAAGUUUAUUUGAAACUCUCCCUGGUCGCGUCCAGUGUGAAAUGUUGCUGAAGGUUACAGAACAAUGCUUCAACACGUUGGAACGAUCAGAAAUGCUGCUGCUACUUUUGAGGCGCUUCCCUGAGACAGUGGUGCAACAUGGGGUUGGCCUUGGGGAGGCACUAUUAGAGGCUGAAACUAUUGAAGAACAGGAAUCCCCUGUUAACUGCUUUAGAAAAUUAUUUGUUUGUGACGUCCUUCCUCUAAUAAUUAACAACCACGAUGUUCGAUUGCCUGCCAAUUUAUUAUAUAAAUACUUGAACAAAGCAGCUGAAUUUUAUAUCAAUUACGUCACUAGGUCUACUCAGACAGAGAAUCAGCAUCAAGGUGCCCAAGAAACAUCUGAUUUAAUGUCACCUAGCAAACGUAGCUCUCAGAAGUAUGUAAUAGAAGGGCUGACUGAGAGAUCAUCCCAGAUUGUGGACCCUUGGGAGAAGUUGUUUAAGAUUUUGAAUGUUGUUGGCAUGAGAUGUGAAUGGCAGAUGGAUAAAGGAAGACGAAGCUAUGGUGAUAUUUUGCAUAGAAUGAAGGAUCUCUGCAGAUACAUGAAUAACUUUGAUAAUGAAGCUCAUGCAAAAUAUAAAAACCAAGUGGUUUAUUCCACUAUGUUGGUCUUCUUUAAGAAUGCAUUCCAGUAUGUCAACAGCAUACAGCCAUCUCUAUUCCAAGGUGCAAAUGCCCCAAGCCAUGUUCCACUCAUUCUUCUUGAGGAUGUGUCAAAUGUGUACGGUGAUGCAGAAAUCGAUCGUAGUAAACACGUACAUAAAAAGAGGAAGCUAGCUGAGGGAAGAGAAAAAACCAUGCAGAGUUCAGAUGACGAAGACUGUUCAGCCAAAGGAAGAAACAGGCAUGUGGCAGUCAACAAAGCCGACCUCGCAAACUCCAUCGAGGUGCUGGAGAGCUUUAAGUGGGCCCGGGAGAGCUGGGAGUUGCUCUGCUCCCAAGAAUUCCUUGACAAGGAAUUUACAAGAAUUUGUUUGGCAUGGAAGACGGACACCUGGCUUUGGCUAAGAAUCUUCCUCACUGAUGUGAUCAUCUAUCAGGGUCAGUAUAAAAAGGCAGUAGCCAGCCUGCACCAUCUAGCAGCUCUCCAGGGAUCGCUACCGCAGCCGCAGAUCACAGGGCAGGGGACCUUGGAGCACCAGAGGGCACUCAUCCAGCUGGCGACAUGCCACUUUGCCCUGGGGGAGUACAGGGUGACAUGUGAAAAAGUCCUUGAUUUGAUGUGCUACAUGGUUCUCCCCAUCCAAGAUGGAGGCAAAUCCCAGGAAGAACCCUCAAAAAUAAAGCCCAAAUUUAGGAAAGGUUCGGAUCUGAAGCUCCUGCCCUGUACCAGCAAGGCUAUCAUGCCGUACUGCCUGCAUUUAAUGUUAGCUUGUUUUAAGAUGGGGCAGGCACGGGCGUCUUCGGCAUCCGGAGGAACGCCGGCGAAGGCCACGCCGGGCUGGGAGGUCUAAGGAUGAUGUAAGAACACGGAUGCGCUGAUUGCGGACGGGCUAGCGCCUUGGAGGAGCCGGGCCUACGUGUCUCUGCAGGGUUUAUGAACAAGACUAUCGAGACUCCACCCGAGGGCAGUAAUUCCCAAACCUCGUGGGGGUGACAGAAACCAUUGUAGGCAUGUAUGUAUGUGAUUUCAGGCACAGCUGCUCAUUUGGAACCAGAGGUCCGGGGCCGUUUCUCCUGGGCACGCUGGUGCCACCGUCCUUGUUACUGCUUUUCUUUCUCUCUGUCCCAUGUUCUGAAGCCCUUCUCUCUGGAUGGCUUCUUGCGCACCCUCUACUCCCAAGCUGCCCCCUUAAAAGAUAUCCCUUCCGUUCUAUAGAAGCACUCGGUUUCCUCUCGCUCUUCGCCCGCUCAGGGCGUCAGGUGCCUGUGCGCUUGCAGCCCCCAUGAGGAUGCUCACGUAACACCUGCUGCAGCCCAUCUGCAGGCACAGGGAGCCGUGGCUCCGAGCUUAGGGCCCAUGCCCGUGGGAGGAGCUGUGAUGUACACAGAGCCAGAGUCUUUUCUACUUUGUUCCCUUUUUACUCUAAUGACCUCCGUCCCAGUUUCUCAUAGCGGCACUUCUUACACGUGGUACUCGGGGUUCCUCUGACAGCCCGUGAUCCCCCUCCCUUCUGUGUCUGCACAACUUCUGUC